AAAUACUGUGUGGCCUCCAGAACACAAUAUCUGAAGGAUAAUGAAAGGAUCAGGUAAGAACACCUGGCAGCAUUUCUAGAGACCAGACUGGUAGAAGACUGAGCUUCAGUAUAAAGCAUCUUCACCAAGUAUAACAGUUACAAUUGGACAUCAGUCAGUGAUGACGAUCAAUUGGUCUGGAUGUCUCUGUUUGACUCUCCUCCUUCUUCGGCAGACUACUGUCUCCACAUUGGAGAGGUUUGAGGUUCUUGGUCCAGCUCAGCCUAUAGUUGCUGUAGCUGGUGAAGAUGUUGUUCUGCCCUGUUACCUCAAACCCAACAUCAGUGCUGUGGACCUGAGUGUUGAGUGGUUCAGAGUUCAGACCGGUAACCCACUUGUACAUCUUUAUCGGGAUCAUGAGGACAGAUAUGAGAAGCAGAUCCCAUCCUACAGGGGAAGAACAUCGUUGUUCCUUGAAGAACUGAAGAAGGGAAACACUUCAUUAAAACUCUUUGGUGUUAGAGGCUCUGAUGAUGGACCAUAUAAAUGCUUUGUUCAGUCUCAACAAUGGCAAGAUGAUUCAUGGAUUAACCUGCGUAUUAAAGCUGUAGGAACCCAACCAGUGAUCUCCAUUGAAGGAUAUAAAGAAGGAGGAAUCAGUCUGGUGUGUGAAUCUAAAGGCUGGUACCCUCAGCCUCAAGUGGUCUGGAUGGACAGUGAAGGACACAACCUCACAGCUGGACACACAGAGAUGCACAGAGACAGUAUGGAUCACUAUAUUGUGAGACGACGUGUUAUUGUACAGGAGACAGAGACCAACAGGUUCACUUGUCGAGUUCGACAGCAGCAGAUGAAUGAAAUGAAAGAGACAAUAACUGACAUCCCUGGUGAGAUGUUCCAUCGUGCCCAUCCUUGGAAGGUGACCUUUGCUGUGGUCUUCAUUCUGGCUGCUGUUGCAUAUACAGGUCAGCUCAAAGAACAGCAUGUUCAGCUCCAGGAACAGCAUGGACUGAUCACCAGUCAACUGAAACUUGUAAAGGCACAAAGAUAUGCAGUUGAUGUGACUCUGGACCCUGAUACAGCACAUCCUGAACUCAUCCUGUCUGAGGACAGGAAACAAGUGAGGAAUGGAGACACAUGGCAGGAUCUCCCUGACAACCCAGAGAGGUUUAAUUGGUGGUCCUGUAUCCUGGGAAAAGAGGGGUUUUCUUCAGGGAAACAUUACUGGGAGGUGCAAGUUGGGAACAAGACUUACUGGAGACUAGGAGUGGCCAGUGAAUCCAUCAACAGGAAAGGGUAUUUUCCGCUGGAUACUAAUAAUGGUCUCUGGUCUAUCUGGCUGCAGAAUGGAAAUAAGUAUGAGGCUUUCACUGACCCCCCUGUGUUGCUCCACCUGAGUGUGAAGCCCCAGAAGGUGGGGGUGUUUGUGGACUAUGAGGAGGGUGAGGUCUCUUUUUACAGUGUGGAGGACAAGUCUCAUAUCUACACUUUCACGGGAUAUAAAUUCACUGAGAAACUCUGUCCAUUCUUCUGCCCAGGCUUCUGGUAUCGCAGUGAGAACUCAGCCCCACUGAUCAUAUCUUCUGUCAGUGACAUAGACUGA